ACUUGUAAAUACGAUCAAACCCACCUGAAAAGCUCCAAAAGAUGCCCCACCAGCAACAAAGAAAGUAGCCGGAGGAAAAUGCUGUGCAGAGCUUCACGCGCCGCCUCCCGCCGCCCUCCGCUCCUCCUCCGCGGCGGAGCAUCGAGGCUUCGCAGCUGCUCCUCUGUUUCUUCUUCAGCUCCAGAUGAUCCAGUGCCUAUUCCAGCCGCCAAUACUGGAUGUUGUUGCGGUCACUCAGAUCAUAUGGGCUUCAUCAGAGACGUAGCUGCGACUCAGCCUCCCAAACUCUUGCCUCAACUACUGCAAGUGCUUCAGGAGAGAGUAGGCGAAACGAUAAUUUCACCUGGAUCCAGGAAAGGGAUGGUUCCCCUUGCCAUUCCUUUAGCAAAAAGUUGCUCAGGGGCUAUUACUGCACUGCUAAGAUGGCCCACAGCUCCAUCUGGUAUGGAGAUGCCUGUGGUUGACGUUGACAAGCAUGGAGUGUAUCUAUUAGCUAAAUCUGUAGAUCAGUUUAUUCAUAGAAUUCUCCUUGAAGAAGAUACCCUUGGUUCUCUGGAUGCAAGCAACAAGCUACUUCAUGCUUCAGCUGGUGCUAGAAGAAGACUUUACAAAGAAGGGGAGUUCACUAAGUCCAAAAUCUCAAAUCUUGAUAUUUAUCUCCUCAAAAAGGUUGGUUUAUUUCCAGAUAUCUUGGAACGCAAAGCAAUGAACCACUUUGAGAAUGGAGACGAUGUUUCGGCACUGGUCACCGCAGAGUUCUACACGAAGAAGGAAAACUUUCCAGGAUUUGCUCGGCCUUUUGUUUUCAACGCAGUACUUUUACAGAAGGUUGGCCAUUUCCUCGAAGCCAAAGACGCUGCAAGAGGGGCUCUAAAACUGCCAUGGUGGACACUGGGUUGUAAAUAUGAGGAUGUUGCUGAGAUAGCAGAAUGGGAGGAUGAGCAAAUUGAACGCAUUAAAGAGAAAAUCACAGAAAGAGGUAGGGAAGAGGACCUGAUGAAGGGAAAGCCACCUGCCCAGAUUGCAUUGGAUGAAGCUGCUUUUUUGAUGGACUUAGCUUCAGUGAAGGGGACUUGGGAUGAUUCUGUGGAUAGGAUAGGGAAAUGUUAUGAAGAGGCUGGACUCCCCGACAUCGCACAAUUUGUACGAUACCAAGAGUGAGCAUAAAGCCAGGGAGGUUAUUACUCAUCUGAAACAUAGUUUAAUUAGUGUGUACUGUCAUUGCCAACUAUCCUCAAUAUAGAACAGAAAAGUACUCGAUCCUAGAACUUUGGUUUUUUGGUGUUGCUGCAUUUACUACAUUUCCUUCUGGAAUGGAUUUCUUUUUGGCAAUUGCCUAGUAAUACUAUUAAGGUAUAAAUUUAGAUGCACUUUGCUCAGAACCAUGAUAAAACCUUCUAGGAGUACAAAGAUCUGUUGUAAUAGCUCAUUUUUUGUCGUCGUGAUCAUGCAGCAA